AUGCGACCUCCUUCUUUCUCUGGUGCCAAAGGGCCUCUAGCAGCAGAAGAGUUCCUGAAGGUUACCGAGACUAUCCUUACGGUGACCCGCAUUGCCCCUACAAAGUGGGUGGACCUUAUGGAUAUCCAACUCACAGAUAUGGCUCGAAUAUGGUGGGAUGCUAUGAAGACACACCUGGAGAGGCCGAUUCUGUGGGAGACAUUCACGGAUCGCUUCAAUAGGAAGUAUUUUCCUCAGUCAGCCCGGGAUGAGCUUUUGCGUAGAUUUGUCGAGCUCAAGCAGGGAGGCCGAUCAGUGGAUGAUUAUGAGGCCGAGUUCUCUUCCCUCAGUCGAUAUGCUCCCCACUUAGUUACAGAACCCACUAUUAGGAGGCAUCAGUUCCAGAAGGGUCUGGACAAGUACAUCAGGUUGGCUCUGGUUGGUAGGGCCCUCGUGACUCAUAAUGCUGUGUUGGAUGCAGCGCGUGAGAUUGAGAGUGUUCAAAAGGAGCCUGAAGAUCCACAUGUGAUGCAGAGCAUAGCACCAGCAGCUCCAGCCCGGAAUAUCGAGCAUCCUCCUCUGAGGCAGCAGCAGGCUCCGCAGAGGUGGUUGUUUUCCCAGCGGCAGCUGCUUUGA